CGGCCCGGGCGGCGGAGGAGGAGAAGGAGGAGGCGGUGGCAGCAGCGGGGAGGGUGAACGGGGAAUCCGGGCAGGUUGAACUUGCCAGAUAUUUCCAAGCAGAUUCUGUUCCCCAAAAGGGUUGGCCACAGCUGACUGGAGAACUGGCUGCUGGAUUGAUGAACAGGAAUUCACUGAGAUGAUGUAGGGAGGGGUGUCAAGGACAAUGGUGCAGAAAAAGAAAAUCUGCCCUCGGUUACUCGACUACCUUGUGAUCAUUGGAGCCAGGCAACCCAGCAGUGACAGCGUCGCUCAGACUCCCGAACUGCUGCGCCGUUACCCUCUGGAAGACCACGUGGACUUUCCCCUGCCACCUGAUGUUGUGUUCUUCUGCCAGCCAGAAGGAUGCCUGAGCGUGAGGCAGAAACGCAUGAGCUUCCGUGAUGACAACUCCUUUGUCUUCACCCUGACAGACAAGGACACGGGUGUCACUCGCUAUGGAAUCUGCGUCAACUUCUACCGCUCCUUCCAGAAGCGAGUGCCCAAGGAGAAGGGAGAAGGCACAGCGGGGCACCGAGCUCGGGAGGGACAGAAGAUUCCCAAAUCUGGGGAUGCAGCUGCACCCCAGGAGGAAGUGGGCACCGAGGGUUCGGAGGGUGGUUCUUCCCUGCAGGCCCUGAGCACAGAGCCUGCCCCAGAGGGGAACCGCUCGCCGCGCAGUAAGCGCCCGGCCAAAGGCAGCCACCGCUCUCGGAACAGCACCCUGACUUCUCUCUGCAUCCUUACUCACUACCCCUUCUUUUCCACCUUCCGUGAGUGUCUGUACACCCUCAAGAGACUUGUGGACUGCUGUAGUGAGAGAUUAUUGGGCAAGAAGCUGGGGAUUCCUCGUGGGGUGCAGAGGGAUACAAUGUGGCGGAUUUUCACCGGCUCCCUGCUGGUGGAAGAGAAGUCCAGUGCAUUGCUACACGACUUGAGGGAGAUUGAGGCCUGGAUCUAUCGGCUGCUCCGUUCUCCAAUGCCAGUUGCUGGUCAGAAGAGGGUGGAUGUGGAAGUCCUGCCACACGAGUUGCAGCCAGCUUUGACCUUUGCUCUUCCUGAUCCAUCCCGCUUCACCUUGGUGGAUUUUCCAUUACAUUUACCUUUGGAGCUGUUGGGAGUGGAUGCCUGCCUGCAGGUGCUGACUUGCAUCCUUCUGGAGCACAAGGUUGUGCUGCAGUCCCGAGAUUACAAUGCACUCUCCAUGUCUGUGAUGGCCUUUGUGGCUAUGAUUUACCCCCUGGAGUACAUGUUCCCAGUGAUCCCUCUGCUUCCCACCUGCAUGGCCUCUGCAGAACAGCUGCUUCUGGCCCCUACACCUUAUAUCAUUGGUGUUCCAGCAAGUUUCUUCCUUUACAAACUGGACUUUAAAAUGCCUGAUGAUGUAUGGCUUAUUGACCUGGAUACCAAUAGGGUGAUUGUUCCCACAAAUGCAGAAUCUUUGCCAGCAUUGCCAGAACCAGAGGCUUCAGAACUGAAAAAGCACCUGAAACAGUGUCUGGUUAGCAUGACUGCAAUCACUGAGAAACAGCUGCUCACUCCUGACAACAAGGCACUGGCCAGCAUGAGUCUGAAUACUCAGCCCAUCCUUAAUCUAGAGAAGUUCCAGGAGGGGCAGGAGGUGCCACUGCUUCUGGGAAGACCACAGAAUGAUUUGCAGUCAACUCCUUCCACAGAAUUCAACCCUCUGAUAUAUGGAAAUGAUGUGGACUCAGUGGAUGUUGCUACCAGGGUUGCUAUGGUGAGAUUCUUCAACUCACCAAAUGUUUUGCAAGGUUUUCAGAUGCACACUCGAACUCUUCGGCUCUUCCCACGACCAGUGGUGGCCUUCCAGGCAAAUUCUUUUCUUGCCUCCAGGCCGAAGCAAACACCUUUUGCAGAUAAGCUUUCCAGGACACAGGCAGUAGAAUACUUUGGAGAAUGGUCACUCAACCCUACUAACUAUGCUUUCCAAAGAAUUCAUAACAACAUGUUUGACCCUGCACUGAUUGGUGACAAACCCAAGUGGUAUGCCCACCAGCUGCAGCCCAUCCACUACCGUGUCUAUGACAGCAAUUCACAGCUGGCAGAAGCUCUGAGUGUGCCAGUAGAGAAAGAAACAGACUCUGAUCCCACUGAUGACAGUGGCAGUGACAGUGUGGACUAUGAUGACUCAAGUUCUUCCUACUCCUCCCUUGGUGACUUUGUCAGUGAGAUGAUGAAAUGUGACAUUAAUGGUGAUACCCCAAAUGUUGACCCCCUGACUCAUGCAGCCCUUGGCGAUGCUAGUGAAGUGGAGUUUGAUGAUUUUCAAGAAUAUUCAGGGGAUCUGGAUGAACAGGCCAUGGACAGUGAAAACUCCCAAGAGAACAACCAGCCUCGUUCAAGCUCCAGUACUACAGCCAGUAGCAGCCCUAGCACUGUCAUCCAUGGAGUAAAUCAUUUGUAUGUAACGCAAGCAAGCGAACAGAUCAGUGAUUUGGCUGCUCCCCAGGAGGCAGCAGAUUCAGCAGAAAUGGAAGAGAAACUGAUUGCUGGGUUUUCAAACCACCUCCCUUCCUUGCAACUGCAGCCAAACUUUCCUAAGAUAAGUUUGGACCGGCGUGAGAGCGACAGCACAGCUGGCAGCCUGAGCUCCUCUGAAGGGGUGGUGAGGAAACGAGAGUAUGACAAUCCUUACUUUGAGCCCCAGUAUGGCUUUCCCACUGAGGAUGAUGAUGAUGAGCAGGAGGAGAGCUACACACCAAGAUUUAACCAGAAUCUCAAUGGCAGCAGGUCUCAGAAACUGCUCCGUCCAAACAGUUUAAAACUGGGCAAUGAUUCUGAUGCAGAUUCAGAUUCCAGGGCCAGCUCCCCAAACUCUACUGUCUCCAACAACAGCAGUGAGGGUUUUGGGGGCAUCAUGUCUUUUGCAAGCAGCUUGUACAGAAACCACAGCACAAGUUUCAGUCUGUCCAACUUAGCUCUACCCACCAAAGUUGGGAGAGACAAGAACACUCCCUUUCCCAGCCUGAAAGUAUUUGGGUUAAAUACUAUAAUGGAGAUUAUUACUGAAGCUGGCCCAGUAAGCAAUGAAGGAAACAGACGAGCCCUGGUGGAUCAAAAGUCCUCAGUCAUUAAGCACAGCCCAACAGUGAAGAGAGAAUCUCCAUCACCACAGGGAAGAACUAGCAAUUCCAGUGAGAACCAGCAGUUCCUGAAGGAGGUGGUACACAACGUUCUGGAUGGGCAAGGUGUUGGCUGGCUGAACAUGAAGAGGGUCCGGCGCCUGCUGGAGAGCGAGCAGCUCCGCGUCUUUGUGCUCAGCAAGCUGAACCGCGCCAUCCAGUCGGAGGAGGAUGCUCGACAGGACAUCAUCCAGGAUGUGGAGAUCAGCCGCAAGGUGUACAAGGGCAUGCUGGACUUACUGAAGUGCACUGUGCUGAGCCUGGAGCAGUCCUAUGCUAAUGCUGGCCUAGGAGGCAUGGCCAGUGUCUUUGGCCUCUUAGAGAUAGCACAUACUCACUAUUACAACAAAGAACCAGAAAAGAGAAAACGAAGCCCAACAGAUGGAUCCAUCACUCCAGUUGGCAAGGAUCUUGCAUCAUCCCCAAGAAUGGAGCCCAAACCUGUGAUGCAACUGCCUGUACCUCAGCGGAUGCCAAAGGCACCAAGCCCUGCAGGCAAAGGGCCAGCAGAGUUUGACACAAGGAGUCUAAAGGAAGAAAAUUUUAUUGCUUCCAUUGGGCCAGAAGGUGUGAAACACUUUGAUUUGGGAGAAACAGAUGAGAAAAAAUCCCAAAUCAGUGCAGACAGUGGCCUCAGUUUGACCUCAGGUUCUCAGAAGAGUGAUUUUGACUCUCUUCCCAGUGGAGGACCAGCAGUUAUGGUCCGAAGUACAAGCCAGGAUUCUGAAGUUAGCACAGUGGUCAGUAACAGUUCUGGAGAGACUUUGGGAGCAGACAGUGACUUGAGCAGCAAUGCUGGUGAUGGCCCCAGCAUGGAAAAUGGUGGGAAUUUGACAGGAUCCAGGGGCGCCGUGUCAGACAGUGAGAUUGAGACAAACUCUGCUACUAGCUCUAUUUUUGCAAAGUCUCACAACCUGAAGCAGAGUGUGAAGGAUAACAAAGGCAGUGUUCCAGGGAGAGCUCCAGAGGAUGGAAACCAACGUGUCUAUCUCUAUGAAGGACUUUUGGGUAGGGAUAAAGGAUCUGUCUGGGACCAGUUAGAGGAUGCUGCAAUGGAAACCUUCUCUCUGAGCAAAGAGCGUUCAACUUUGUGGGACCAGAUGCAGUUCUGGGAAGAUGCUUUCCUGGAUGCUGUGAUGUUAGAGAGGGAAGGAAUGGGGAUGGACCAGGGACCUCAGGAGAUGAUUGACAGGUACCUUUCCCUGGGAGAACACGAUCGGAAGCGUUUGGAGGAUGAUGAGGACCGCCUGUUGGCUACUCUGCUGCAUAACAUGAUUGCUUAUAUGCUUAUGAUAAAGGUGAAUAAGAAUGACAUCAGGAAAAAGGUGCGUCGCCUGAUGGGAAAAUCACACAUUGGGUUGGUGCACAGCCAGCAGAUAAAUGAUACUCUGGACAAGCUUGCCAAUCUGAAUGGACGGGAGCUCCCUCUGAGACCCAGUGGCAGCCGCCACAUCAAGAAGCAGACUUUUGUAGUACAUGCUGGGACAGACACCACAGGAGACAUAUUUUUCAUGGAGGUAUGUGAUGAUUGCAUUGUGCUGAGGAGCAACAUUGGAACUGUGUAUGAACGCUGGUGGUAUGAGAAACUCAUCAACAUGACUUACUGCCCCAAAACAAAAGUGCUGUGCCUCUGGAGGAGGAAUGGGCAGGAGACACAACUGAACAAGUUCUACACAAAGAAGUGUCGGGAGCUAUACUACUGUGUAAAAGACAGUAUGGAGAGAGCAGCAGCAAGGCAACAAAGCAUCAAACCAGGCCCUGAGCUGGGUGGUGAAUUCCCUGUGCAGGAUAUGAAAACUGGUGAAGGAGGUCUUCUUCAGGUCACACUGGAAGGAAUUAACUUGAAAUUCAUGCACAGCCAGGUUUUCAUAGAGCUGAAUCACAUUAAAAAGUGCAAUACUGUGCGAGGAGUCUUUGUCCUGGAGGAAUUUGUUCCUGAAACUAAAGAAGUGGUGAGCCACAAGUACAAGACGCCAAUGGCACAUGAGAUCUGCUACUCCGUGCUGUGUCUCUUCUCUUACGUGGCUGCCAUUCGUGGGAAGGAGGCAGAAAACAAAAGCAAACCACCUCGACCAGUUUCCAGUUGAUCAUGGUACUGGGACAUGCCUGCCCUUUGGCACCUUGAUGUGCAGUACUCUUAUUUUUACUGCAGUUGCUGGAGCUCACUUUACUGUCUUCUAUGAGAACUUGAUUCAUCUGUGGCCCUCCAAGUCUUUCCCCAUAGGAAAACCUAAGACUUCACUGCUCAAUCUCCUUCCAAAUUCAUUCUUCCCAGAGUUUUUAUAGGAACUCUUAAGCAGACAGCUUUGAGCAUCAGCAUCUGUCUGAGUGGGCUGCUGUGGCUGUUCCUUUGGAAUUACUGUUGUCUUAAGAUGACUGACAGCUUGAGUUUGUUUGUUUUUUGGUUUCUAGUGGUACUUGUUACAGAUCAAUCACUUUACAACUGCAGGUUUCUGCUUUCAGAUUCUCCAGUAUAUGCAUAGUGGAAGCAGUCUGGUCCUGCAUGUUGUUUAGCUGUAAUAUUUUCAUUGUUGUUUUUUUUUUCUUCUGGGUUGUUUAUUUUUACCCACCAACAUGGAAUUCUUGUCACAUAGCCCUUUGGGGAGAGAUGAACAGUUUAGCUACCUUAGUCUUAAAAUAUCAUGUGACAAGUUUGGCUAUUAAUUUGGUCCAUCUGUGGGAGGUGACUGCUUCUUAAGUGGGAAAGAAAGUAGAGGGAGAAAGCUUGGAGGCAGCAUGUUGUGGAAAACCCCUGACAGCUCAUGGAUUGUGUGGAUUUUAAAAUGGGAGUUUGCAUUUGGAGAUAUCCCAGCAAUUGAGUUAACAGAUGCAUAAAAGCACUACCAAAAGCAGUUAAUCACAGGGAUUAGAAAAUCAAUAAGGAAAUGUAAAAUUUGGAAGCAAUGGCAGAAGCAGGCCCACGUAUAUUGGGGUUUGUAACUAUUGUCUACAGAAAAAAUGUCUAUAGCAAUCUGUAGAACGUGGUAUUAUGCUGUCCCCACAUUUUUUUAACUAUUGCUUUUUUCCGAUCUGUGUAUCAACCAAUCUUGCAAAUACUGUGUUUAAGUAUAAUGAAACUCCCAUUGCUAAAACUAUCCAUCAUGUUUCUCAUUUUAAGUAGGCAGAAUAUGAAUGUUUUCUUGCAUCCAGUUUUUGUUCUUGAAUUGUACUGCACUUGUCUGAAAAGCUCCUAGGAUGCUGGGAGAAGAGACUGUAGAGAAAAUAAUGUUACAUGUAAAAUACCUGGAAAAAAUGCUCUGAUGCAAACUGUUGUAUUGUAUGUUUUAACAUAAGGAUUCUGAGUAAAUGCACCCAGAAGUAACCCUGAUGUGUCUUGGUCAGGGUGUCCAUUUUGAAUGGAAUACACUAGGGUGUGAUGGGUGAGGAAAUCAUGUAAAUAUUAUAGUACCACAUCUAUUUAUAGAAACUGUACAGCUGUCUGAAUGUGAAAAUAAAAUGUCAUUCAACCAGCAA